GAGGGGAAAGAAGAAAAUCAGUGUCAUUUACAGAUAGGACUGUGAGUGAGUGCAGACGGAGCCAUAAACAUUUUUAGCCUCAAGGCUGCAAGCGAGACGAGGGAGUCCCUUCACUCUGCUUUUUGUGCUUCCCACGGCUGUGGCUUUGUUGGAGGCUCAGGAAGGAGCUAUGCAGAGCAAGAAAAUUUGGAGGCAGGGGUAGGGGUGUUGGAACGGAUGAAGAGAGGGAGAGGGGGUGGAAAGUCAGUUUGAAGGAAAGGAGCCAUGCAAGUGGAUGCUCUUCUCUGCAGGAUCAUGUUUCACAAAAUGAGAACAUACACUGAGAGAGCUUCACCGGGGCUCGACCAACUCAGAAAGGAUGCCAGCUGUUAGCACCAUGACCGGUGGAAGGGCCCUGCUGCUCUGUACAAACACUGACAACUGUAUUUACCAGUCAGUCAACGGACUCCAGUGCUGUGGCUUAAAGGUUGGGGAAGCACCAUCAUCUGUGGUGCCCCAACCUUUAGAGGUGUGUGGGUUACCAGGGGACAGAGACAAAAGAAACAAUCUCAGCGACACCUCAGGUCUUCCUGACACCAUGCUGGCUGAAAGGAGAGCCACAACCACAAAGGACCCGCCGAUCCCCAACGUGGAAAAUGGACUGAGCCACGGCAAGAGCUCAGCGGGAGCCAGGGCUGCCAGCAUCCGUGAUAAGAUAUCACAGUGGGAGGGCAAAAAGGAGUCCGCCCAUGUGGUUGCUACAGGAACAUAUCUUCUUAGUACAACACAGAAGGAAGUUGACAUUGUGAGGAAAAAGGAAUCCAAAGCAUCAGAAGUCCAAAGGACAGACAGCAAGAGGUUUGUUAGCUGGGAGAGACAAGAUUCAGGGAAAGAAAAUGUUGGAAAAUGUGGGGAUUUUAGCCCUAAAUAUAAGGGCGCAGCAAACAAUGACAAGUGUCAUGCUUCUAAGCCAGCUGAACUCCAAGACAAGAAAACAGUUUUGACUCAUGUCAAGAAACUAGAGAAGGCAACAAAAGAAGUUCCUCACAAACCCUCACUGGCAUUUCCAGGGAAUUACUUCUGUCCCCCUUCAAAGGAGGAGUUGGAGGGGAUGGAGAAGAAGGCCAGUGAACCAAUUUUUGGGACUUUUGAUAUGGCUCGACCUGGUGGGUUGCAGAGGAGAAGCAAUGGGGAUUCUGAGAACGAAUACAGUGAGCCUGGUGCUCCUUCUAUAAACCCUCUACCUAAACCUCAAAGAACUUUCCAGCAUCACACACGAUCUUACACUACAGGCCCAAGUGCUUUCUUUGGAAAGGCAAAGAGGACCCUGCCUCCUCUGCCCUCCAUUCCUCCCCCACCUCUACCCACAUGCCCUCCUCCCGGGGUUUGCCGAAGACCUUGGGUUGACAGAGCCCGGGACAGCAAUAACAGGAAGUCCUAUGAGUUUGAGGAUCUUCUGCAGUCGUCUACAGAAAGCAGUCGGGUGGACUGGUACGCUCAGUCCAAACUGGGCCUCACAUGCACUUUAUCAGAAGAGAAUGUCUAUGAAGAUAUAAUAGAUCCACCAUCCAAGGAGAACCCUUAUGAAGAUAUCGAGCUAGAGCGAAGCCAUGUGGGAAGCAAAUGUGUUUCACCCGCGUCAUCUUCUCCUGUUCCUGACACUCCACCUAAGCUAUCUUCCAAGCCUGCCUUCUACAGGCAAAACUCAGAGAGAAGAAGUUUCAAAGUCCCGGAGCUACGCAAGACGAACCGAGACACUGGGAUCUCUUCUCCCUCUCGUAUCAGUCCCCCCUCAACACCCAGCAGCCCUGACGACACCCCGUGUCUCUCAGGUGACCCUUGCAAUCGAAGACGGAGGAAAAUACCAAAGAUGGUGCUGAAAAUCAAUGCCAUUUUUGAGGCACGGAGAGGAAAGAAACACACAAAGAAGGUGUCUCAGUCUGCUGAGUCCAGCUCAGGAAGAGAUGAGAACAGUGAAUCAGAAAGCGACACAGAAGAGAAACUAAAAGUUCACAGCCAGCGGCUGGUAUCAGUUCAAUCCAUGCUGAGGCAGACAGGUCGGUACCGGACAUUGGAGAGGGACUUAAUGGAGUUACAGGAGAGAAAACUUUUUGAAUAUUUCAUCGUUGUUGCACUCCACAAGACCAAGGCUGGAGUCCCGUACCUUCCAGAGGUUACACAGCAGUUUCCUCUAAAGCUUGAGAGGAGCUUUAAGUUCAUGCGGGAAACUGAGGACCAGCUGAAAGUUAUCCCUCAGUUCUGCUUCCCUGAUGCCAAAGACUGGGCCCCAGUCGACAACUUCCCCAGUGAGACGUUCUCAUUUGUACUGACUGGUGAAGAUGGAAGCAGACGCUUUGGCUACUGUCGACGUUUACUGCCCAGUGGUAAAGGCCGAAGGCUCCCUGAGGUCUACUGUAUCGUCAGCCGCCUGGGUUGUUUUGACCUCUUCUCUAAGAUCCUGGAUGAAGUGGAAAAGAGAAGGGCCAUUUCUCCUGCUCUUGUGCAGCCUUUUAUGAGAGGCAUCAUGGAGGCUCCCUUUCCUGCCCCAGGGAGAACCAUAACUGUCAAAAACUUUUUACCUGGCUCUGGGACUGAGGUGAUACAACUGUGUCGGCCAUCUGAUUCCCGUCUGGAACACGUGGAUUUCGAAUGUCUCUUCUCUUCGUUGAGUCUUCGUCUGCUCCUUCGAGUUUUUGCCUCCCUGCUGCUGGAGCGCAGGGUCAUAUUCACUGCCGACAAACUUAGCACAUUGUCUCAGUGCUGUCAUGCAGUAGUGGCUCUGCUCUAUCCCUUCACCUGGCAGCAUACAUACAUUCCUGUGCUGCCACCAUCCAUGUUGGAUAUAGUCUGCACCCCAACUCCCUUUAUAGUGGGCCUCCUCUCCAGCUCUCUACCUCGACUGAAGGAGCUGCCCAUAGAAGAAGUCCUGGUCGUUGACCUCGGCAACAGCCGCUUCCUACGUCAGCUGGAUGAUGAGGACUCUAUUCUUCCUCACAAGCUGCAGGCAGCUCUCGAGCAUGUGUUGGAAAGGAGGAGAGAAUUGGCCAGUGAGAAAGGAGACCUCCCCAAUGACUCCAGCUCUCUCAGUGCAGUGGUCUCUGAGGCCUUUGUGCGUUUCUUUGUGGAAAUGGUGGGUCACUACUCCCUUUUCAUGGGUGGAUUGGAACGGGACGACGAGUCUCCUUCUUCGCCCACAUUGCCGAGCCCUUCUUGUCCCUCCCCCUCAUCUUUUCAGCGAGAACCCUUUCGGAAGGCAGUCACUUCCAAGAGCUUGAGACGGUUUCUGGAAGUGUUCAUGGAGACCCAGAUGUUUAGCGGCUUCAUCCAGGAGAGGGAGCUGCGCAAACAGGGCCUCAAGGGUCUAUUUGAGGUGAGAUCACAAGAGUAUCUGGAUUCACUACCUGGGAGCGAACAAAGAGGGGUAAACAAGUUUCUCAAGGGCCUAGGAAACAAAAUGAAAUUUCUUUCCAAAAAAUGAGACAAUGAGUGAAGCAGUCAUCAGAGGAAGCUUGAUGGAGAAGAUGCCCUCCGUGGACAUCCAGAGGGUAUAGAUGGAGAUGUGUCUUUCAGUGAGGUCAUUGAAAGUCCCCUGAAAUUAACUGGAUUCAUAAUCUGUGAAGAUGAGGAAAUCUGGAGAACCGUAGAGUUUAGUUUUCAGCUUAAAUGGCUAGUCCCAUUGGUGUUGUGGAGACCAACAUAAGAAAGCUAGACAUAAGAAUCUAGUCUCAUAACCCACAGUAAAUGUUUUACAGGUUAAAUUUUGUCUCUACAGUGUAUCACUGUAUAGCACAUUGCUUUGUAAAUGAUUUAGUGUUCUGAUUUACUAAUAUCAGCCGUAAUCCUGUGAAGAGGAAUGCCACUAGAGUCCAAUGUUGUACAAGACCUUCAUUUACAUUCCAGCGAUUUUUAGACGCUUUUAUGACUAUAAUAGUACAACUUCUUCAUCAACAGGAGGCUUUUAAAAUAAUAAUUUAUGUUACUUAUAGACAAAUCUAAUCUUUUUUUUUAUUGUAUUCACAUAAGUGCAAAUAAAUCCCCUGUAGUUGGUGAUAAACUUCUGAAGAGUUUUAGUCCAGACAUUUUAUAGACCACUUUGGGUAUAUGUGUCACUGUUUUAAGGAAAUGUACCUUUUUUGGAAUAUUAACAUCCUCCAAGGUUAAAGAAUGAGAAGGUAAAUAAUGUGAAAUGUCCUUUUUGGGAGCAUUUUACUGGAGUAUAAGUGCCUAGAAUUGAACUAUGAUGUGUAUCGUAAAUCAAUCAGUGGGACAGUGUUGUGCAAAAAAAAAAAAAAAACUUGGGAUAUCUUAAACUUGUGUGAUAAUGCAAUGAAACAUCAUUAAUAAAGUGAUUUUAUUCGA